ACAUGUUUACACCAAGCAGGUGCUUUCCAAGAUUCAUUACAACCGAAGUUUAUCACAGUAAAUGUUACUGUCAAGUCAGUUACUGACUCCCGAUCGUCUAUAUUCAGCGACAUAAAAAUGGCAUUUUCGGCUUCGGAUAUCUCCAAAGCUGCUUUCCUUGCUGUUAUUUAUGUUUUGACUGUCCUGGGCAACGCUUUGGUAGCUUACGUUCUCGUCAAGAACAGGAGAGCUCUCCUUAAAAAUCGUCCAACUUAUCAGUUUAUUCUAAACAUAGUGCUUUCAGAUCUCUUUGUUGGCCUUCUGACGAUGCCUUUUGAAUUCACCCGUGAGCUUUUAGAUGAGUGGAUCUUUGGAACAGCGCCUUGUAAAAUCAUCGAAUAUAUUGAAAUCGCCGUUUUUGGUACUGCAGUUUUCACUCACGCCUUGAUCGCUUAUGAUCGAUAUCGCAGCCUGGCCCGUCCUUAUUCACCCCGAAUGGAAGAAAAACUCGUCAGGAAAAUGAUAGCACUAUCAUGGGUUGUUCCUGCUGUUGUAAAGGCCCCUUAUCUGUACAUGUUCGAAGUUCAAGUUAUCAGUUCCAAACCAGUUUGUACUCCAAAAGCCAUUUCAUUUAGGUGGUUAGAAAAGCUGUACGAAGCAUUCUCAUUCCUCUUCGUUUUAUUCUUGCCAUUCCUAGUGUUGUCUUGGUGCUAUUUUCACGUGAUACGUACCAUCCGGGGAAGGAGCCCAACCGUGGUGGCAGAGAAUUUCUUCGCCUCGCAAUAUUCUGUUAUAUUCAGGACCAAGAAGCGCGUCACACGAACUUCUGGUUUAGUUGCUACAGCGUUCGUGGUGUGCUGGCUUCCAACACUUGUUCUGAGCUGGAUACGGAUUGUGUCAGGCACGGACAGUAUUCACCGGGGACACGUUCUUAACAAAGUCGCAAUGUUUGGUGCAUUUAUCAAUGAGGUGAUAAACCCCGUUAUUUACUGCGCAUUCGAUAGGAGUUUGAAAGCAAGAAUAUUCCCGCGCGUUCUUUGCAGAGAUCCCACGCUAGAGGCUACAGGAUUUAGUCGUACCAACGAGAGUCUGGCUAAAAACACUCGAAAUCACGGACUCAGUUUCAGAGACACUGGAAAUCCUCAUUCGAAAAUUCAUUAGAACGCACACAAAUAUUAACUAGAUGGAAAAGUUUCUAGAUGUCAUUUAUAAUUGAUCACUGUACUGUAUUGUAACUAGUCCGGUUACACUGUCAAACAACUUAACCGACUUAUUUAUACCUUGUGUCGCCAGGGAUAUGCUCGUUAAAACCACAGUUUGUAAUUUUCACACGGGAUUUUAUUUAAGAAAAACAAGUGAUUUAUCUACGAAUAAAAAGAAAUAAUAAUAAUAAUAAUACGGUGGUAUAGAGGUG